UCAAUAUUUAAGUUUUACCCUUAUGAAUGACUACAUAAUCCGUACUAAGGUACAUGGUAUGUAUCGUAUUGCAUCGCCCAAAACGCCAAAACGAUCCCACCUUUACGCAGGUUACAAUCUUUCCAUUUGUUAAUCAAUUUUACUCCUUAGUGGUUAAUGGUUGAGACUGGCAAUUCAUGGCUAGAUAGCCCGAGACAUCAAUUCAAACGGUAGAAUUUCGCGAUGGGGAUUAAAGGCAUAUAUAAAGAAAUUGGCACCGGCAAGCGAAUAGCGCUUACAAAGCUUGCUGUCGAGAAGCUUGAAGAGACUGGUCGCCCCUUGCGUAUAGCUAUAGACAUCGCUAUAUGGCAAUUCCAAGUCCAAGCAGGCCGAGGUGGUUCUAACCCCGCCGUUCGAACAUUAUUCUACCGGCUACUCCGUUUGCUUGGCUUAUCUAUACAACCCAUCUUCGUUUUCGACGGGCCUAGGAAACCCGUAUUCAAGCGAAACAAGCGGUCUGGUCGAGGUGAUGGCGUUGCUACAGCUAUGGCCAAGCGAAUGAUUAGACUGUUCGGGUUUCAAGUCCACGAUGCUCCCGGAGAAGCAGAAGCCGAGUGCGCGCUGUUACAGCAAACUGGCAUCGUCGAUGCCGUACUCAGCGAGGAUGUCGACACCAUCAUGUUCGGCUGCACGCGGACACUAAGGAAUUGGUCGUCCGAAGGUACGAGAGGAAGUAAAACGCCUACUCACGUCUCCAUGUACGACACCCAAGGGUUGUUAGAAAGCGGCGCCGGUCUGGAUCGGGAAGGGAUGGUCCUAGUUGCACUCAUGAGCGGCGGUGACUACCUCCCGGAAGGAAUUCCCGGCGCCGGUAUCAAAGUAGCUUGCGAAGCCGCCCGAGCAGGAUUCGGCAAGGCUUUGUGUAGACUGAAAAAGUCAGAUACGUCUGAAAUAUCCAGCUGGAAAGAGUGGCUGGCCUACGAGUUACAACACAACGAGAGCGGAUUUUUUAAGACGAGGCACAAAGCUUUAUCCAUACCCGAGGAUUUUCCAAAUAUCGACGUUCUCAGAUACUAUACUCACCCGGUAGUAUCCCCCGCUUCGACACUCGAAAGAUUAAGACAACUACAGUGGGAUCAGCCGGUUGACAUUCAAGGGCUACGAGAGUUCGUUAGAGAAACCUUUGAUUGGAGUUAUCGAAUAGGGGCUAUCAAGUUCAUAAGGGUUCUAGCACCGUGUUUGCUGGUGCGAAAGCUGAUAACACGGAGCACUCGCGGUGAUCGUGAUACCGAUUCCAUUGAGAUUCUAGAGAAACAGGAGUCGGAACUGGUAAAGUCGAUCACAAGUAGACGUACCCAUUUCAGUACGGAUUCAACGCCAGAACUACGUAUAUCUUUCGUGCCAACCAAAAUAGUCGGUUACGAUUUUCAAGAAGAACCGGAUGAGGCCAUCGACUAUGGACGAGAUGGUCUAGCGCUCAAUAGCGAUGAGGAAUUCGAACCUACGGCGGAAGAUGGAGCGGCCGGGAAGACCAGUAAGAAACCAUUUAAUCCGGUCGAACCUGACCUAUUCUGGUUGCCAGAAACCAUAGCAAAACUCGGAAUACCUCUUACAGUUGAGGACUGGGAAGAAGCCCAACGUGCCAAGUUGGCGCCUCGUCAGAAGGCUAAGGCCCCAAAGCAAAAGAGUAAACCCGCGGGUACCACUUCUAGGGCAUUAGACAAGUUCGUCAAAGUUACCAAGAAUGUCCCACGAGAUACAGAAGCUGGUAAAAAUAAUACGCCGGUAUCUCCUGCACCUUCUCGGAUUAGAAGUCCACUUGGUGUUUCUAGGAUACCUUCGCAGAGCUUAGCUCCCCCUGCUCCAACCAGUAAGACGCCUCAAAAAACGCGGCCCACGAGAUCCAGUAAGCAGACCAAAUCUAAUUCCACGGCCAGGAAUGCAUCCCCAACACCAAGGCCGGAUGCGAGUACCAAUCCCUGGACGAUUGCGAGUUCACACGUCAAUUCCAGGGCUCCCAAGGCCAAGUCUACGAAAGCUUCUGAGGCCAUUAUUAUAUCCUCUAGCCCACCUACGUCGCCUAGCCCGAUCCAUCAUUCCACAACACAGGGUCCAGAUAGUCACACCACCGGAAAUAUCUCUACAACAUCUCUUUCUUCAACUUCAAGUUUAGGUCCUCGAAAGCGGCGUCCUACCACGCCGACAAAGAUAGAUCAGAUAAGCGACGGGACAUUAAACAGUCACCGUAAUGUAGGAAGAGCCCUAAGUCCGUCGCCGAAGUCGAGUGAGAAGAAACCCCAUCGCAAGCUAGCCAGGACGGAAUCACUGCCUGUGGCAGAAAGCCCGCGGCAGCCACCCACAGGAAGUAAGAAUGGGACACGUCUAUUCGAGCGAGCACGCACUAUGAUAGUCGAGGCCCUACCACUCUCGGACUCGGAAGGCGAAGAGGACGAAUUCGAUCUUCCUCCAUUAAGUACCGUCGUUAGCAAACUCCCCCUCGGGAACAAACCAUCUACCAAAACCAACAUAACAGAAAAGCGAGUAUCUCGAGUCUCAGAGUCAAAAGAGACGAAGCAGCAGCCGGAGAAAGACAAGAAUAGACAGACAACUCUAAACAACACCUUCACCGCAACUAAAAGGAUGACUAAAGUAUACGCACCUCGUAAAAGCGAACCUGGAUUUUUCACAGAAGUUGAGGUCGCGGCCGACGAGGCCGAUGACCUGCUAUUGAGAUUUAGGGGCGGCGAUCCUACACGGAACGGCACCGGUCGGGGAGCAGCGGCAUGGCGUCGUAGUGAUAUUUCGUGCAUCGACCUGACGGGUGAGGAUUGAUUUCUCUAUCAUACACACUUAACCUAGGGGAGUAUUGCAGGCGUACUUUUCGAGGAAGAAGAAGUGAAAUUGCAUUUCAGGCUACAAGCAGCGGUUGGUCUCGGCGGCGUUUGCAUUGCAUACAUACACGUAGCAUUGAAUAGAAUACAAGGCAGAAUGGAAUAUAGAUGAUGAUAGGAAGGGUUACUUAAUCCAAGAUGAAUAGAUCAUGGUCAAGAUUUAUAUAUCUAGGUACCCUACUAGGUUAUAAUAUUUUGCUCUUCAUUUUUCGUUUUUGUCUAUUUAAAUUGUUUGUCGG